GUUUGUCAAUAGCUGGCAGCACAUACUAGAAUUUAGCAGAGAGUUAAGAAUUGUGAGUUUAAUAAAUAGAUAGAAUAUGUAUUUAAGUAUUUUGUAUGUCACAUGUACACAUUAUGUGUAAUAAUUUUUCGUUAAAAGCGUAAUUGAUUAAUAAUAAAUUAUUUUAUAUGAAACAUAAUGUUUCGCUGUCUUUCGAGUACUCGAUCUUUCUUGAGUAUUUUAAGUGCAGAAGCAUAUGUACAAUGUAGUAAAGCUAAAAUAACCACAUUUAAUCGAUCAACACGAAAUCUAUCCACAAUAAACGUACAAUGUCCUACUGUCGGUGAAAUAAUCGAAGAAUGGAGUAACCGGUUUAAGAACGAACAUAUUCCAGAACCCGUAGAAUCGAUUGAGCACAUUGUUGCGCACGUCAUAGGCACUAACAAGAUAUUAGAUCUUGUAGAUAUAAAAAAUAAACGACUUACGUCAGUUCAGCGCGAUACAUUAGAUUCAUUAUGCGAAUGUCGAUUAUCGAGAAUGCCAGUUCAAUAUAUAAUAGGAGAAUGGGAUUUUUGUGAUAUUACUUUGAAAUUAGUUCCGCCAAUUUUUAUUCCGCGACCAGAAACUGAAAUAUUAGUCCAUUAUAUUUUAAAAGCUUUAAAGUCUUCUGAUAACAAUAAACAGGAAAUUUUAGAAAUUGGAUGUGGUUCUGGAGCCAUAUCUCUUGCGAUUGCACAUGCUAAUAAAACAGUUAAUUGUAUAGCAAUUGAUUCAAAUCCAGAAGCAUGCGAAUUAACUAAAGAAAAUCGAGAUAAAUUAGAUUUAAAAGAUCGAAUCAAUGUUGUGCAUGCAAGUCUUAAAGAUAAUGGAUCGAUAGAAAUUUCGAAUGUAUUAAAUGAAUCUAAAAAUCUCGAUUUGAAUUCUAAAACUUUUGAUUUUAUAGUUAGUAAUCCACCUUAUAUACCAACUAAACUAUCUACAUUAAUACCUGAAAUUAAAAUUUACGAAGAUGUAAUGGCAUUUGAUGGGGGAGAUGACGGUUUGAAAAUUAUUAAACCUUUAUUAAAAUAUGCUGCUACUGCUUUAAAACCGGGAGGACGAUUGUUUUUAGAAGUUGAUACAACUCAUCCUGAAUAUAUACAAUUUUUUACAAAAAAAUAUCCUAUUCUUAAGCUUCAAUAUGAACAUACAUACAAAGAUUUUUGCAAUAAUGAUCGAUUUAUUGAAAUAUUAAAAGUAUGAUAAAAAAUUUAUAAAUAUCUUUAAAAAUUAAUAAACCAAAACAAAAUAACGGAAUUUAUGUAUAUUCAUCGAAUGUACAAAAAUAAAAAUAUCAAUAAUUUA